CACAACAGUGAACUUCACAAACAUUGAGACCGGAUGGUUCAUCGAUGGCGAGAAGAUCGGUAGUGAUAUUGGCAUCGCCAAGGUGUUACUUGUAAAUGAUUUCACCGCCAUGGGUUACGGACUUCUAACCCUUUCCCCCGAUGAGUGCUUUGCAUUGAACGAUGUGGAACCAGUAGAAGGUGCCCCUGUUGCCACAAUUGGUGCAGGAACUGGUCUAGGGGAGUGCUUCUUGACUAAAGAUCCUGAUGCUGACGACUAUGUGUGCUGGGCUACGGAGGGUGGACACACUGAUUUCCCACCUCGUGAUCACAUGGAGGUUGAGCUCCUGAAGUUCUUGCGCGAGAAAUUUGAGCAAAAGUCACGUGUCUCUGUGGAGCGAGUCAUCUCUGGACCUGGACUAAGUUCUAUUUACGAGUUCUUGAGUCAAAGGUUUCCCCAGAACAUCGAUAGUGAUGGUGUUCACAAAGUGUGGACAGAGGCGGGUUCUCUUAAGGGAGGGGUUGUUGGUAUGAACGCAGACAAGGAUCUUCUUUGUAUGAAGGCCAUGGAGAUUAUGAUGGGUGCCUACGCUUCGGAAGCCGGUAACGCUAUGUUAAAAUGGCUGCCAUACGGUGGUAUGUACAUCACCGGUGGUAUUGCCGUAAAGAACUUCAAGUGGAUUGCGAAUAACCCACAGUUUAAGGAGAUCAUGUUUGAUAAGGGACGUGUAUCCCCCGCCAUCUGGAAGUGCCCUGUAUAUGUUCCCAAGACAGAAGAUGUGGGAGAGCGCGGAGCCCAUCUUGUGGCCUAUAACUUAUUGCUUAGUUUAAGAUAAAUUCACGCAGGGUCGUGACAUUCUAUUCAUUGUCAUCCUUAACGUAACAGAUAAAUAAAUAAGUUUGCAGUCUCUUAUAUUUGUAUAUUAGCGCUUUGUGUUACUGACAGCCACUUGGUCGGUUGU